AUGCACUCCUCCUUCACCCGCCUCCAAAACGUCUUCGGCUUCUUCACCACCGUCGCGUGCGUCCUCGGCGCCUUCAUCGCCGCCACCGAUCUCAUCACACCGCGCACGCCCAGCGGCGUCGUCAGCCCCAACAAUGUCCAAGUCGUCAAGGGUCGCCCGCAUUACUACUCCUCCAAGAAGGAAGAGUAUGCCAUCAUAAAGUUCUCCCUUGAGGCCGACCUCUCCUCCCUCUUCACCUGGAACACCAAGCAGGUCUUCGUCUACGUCACCGCCGACUGGCCCGCCAUCGCUGGCGCCAACGCGACUAACUCGGCCGUCAUCUGGGACACCAUCAUCACCAACCCGAGCGCCGACCACCUCAAGAACAUUGGCCCCUUGGCCAUGAAGAAGCUUAAGAAGAGCGCCGAGGGCAAGACCAUUGACCCCAGCCGUGGCCUUCUCAAGCUGCGCAACCAAAGGCCCAAAUACCAAAUCACGCACCCGAGCGGCAAAAUUGCCCAGGCCCAGGACGUCACCCUCAAGAUCCACUACAAUGUCCAGCCGUGGGUUGGCCUGCUCACCUGGAAUAUGGACAAGGAUAUCUUCAAGUGGAAGACGAUGGCCGGCGGGCUGAGCGACAAGUUCGUGCUCCCCGCCAUCAAGUCUAAAGACAACAAGACCAAGAGCAAGAGCAAGUGA